AUGGAAGGCUUCGAAGAGAUCGAGAACGCGUACAAGGAGAUAGAGGACGAGAUAAUAAAGACGGUGGAGGGGCUAUGCGGAGGUAAUUAUCUCCAAAUCAAGGAUGAAGUGAUCAUGCCACACAUGAGCGAAAGCCUGAUCAACAAAAUUAUCCUGUUGAACAGACACAUCAACGAUAACAGCAACGAAGAAGAAUUCGAGAAGAAGGUGACGAACGAAAAGGUGAUGCAAAUAAAUGACAAGUUGAUAUAUCUAGUAUGCGAUUACUACAUCAACAAAAAGGAGAUUGACAAUUUAAUUAACUUUACGUCCAGCAAUGAGAACUAUUUUAAUGUGUUACCCCAAGCGAAAACAGCCAAGUUGAUAAGGAACAUCGUGGAAAAAAUCUCAAAAAAGAUCAGGAAUGUGAGUACGCUGUAUAUAAUAUUUAAAAAGUACAUGAAUUGGGCAUAUGAAAAGAAAAGGAAUUUUUUAAGAUGCCGGAUAGAAAAGUAUAAAACGGCUCUGAGUUUAAUCGAACGGUUGUUGAAGGAGGUGAAGAAGGUGGACGACAAAACGUUGUUACUCGAACUGUAUAUUGUGGAAACCAAAAUUUACAUGCUGCUAAAGAAUUCGACCAAAAUGAAAGCAUCGCUCACCUUUGCUAAGAACAUUGCCAAUACGAUAAACACGGCCAUUUAUAUUAAUAGCGAAAUAGAUUUACUUUCUGGAAUAUUAUUUAUAUAUGAGAAGGAUUACAGAAGUGCCUACAUUUACUUGUACGAAUGCUACGAAACGUUGUACACUUAUAUUUAUAAUAGCCACAACAACACAUUAGACUUUUUGAGAAAAAAAAAUAACGACUUUUACGCAGUUAUUAUACAUAACAUAAUUAACACCAGCACGAUAUCGUCGCAAAAUAAAACGAAAAGUAUAAGUCAAAUUAGCCCUUUCUUACUCUCGUUCUACACUUUUUAUGAGUACUACGAUAGCAGCAACAGCAUCCUAAAUUUGGACGAAAUGAAUAUUUGCUCAGGUAAUGCCAACUUAAUAUACAGCGAUGUAAUAUGUAAUAUCAGCUCGAGUUACCAAGAAUUGGAGGAAGAAAAGGUGUACUGCAUUACCAACCCAAUUGAGUUAAAUUAUGAAAUGAUUAAAAAUUUAACAUUGGAUAAUUAUGGCAAUUUAUUAGAAACCAAAUCGAGUACCAACAUUGUGGAUAACUCUAUUUUUAUCUUUCCCGAAAAUAGUUCCAUAUGUGGGAAUUUUGGCUUGAAUUUAAAUAUCGAAAAUUUAAAAAUUAUCGUCCCUUUGAAGUACAUGCUUCUUUGCAAAAUCUUGGAGGAAAACAACAGGAAAGACAUUAAUAAUAUUUUGUGUGAACAUAAUAAAUUAAAUUACAUUCCAAAUAAAGAAAUUCAAAUUUUGCUGGACAUAUCCAAGUGUUACGAGAACAGGUCACUUGAUGUAUUUGAGAAUAUAAUUAAAAUUAAUAUUUUCCUGAUAAAUGUGGACAAAGUGAUUUACAACUACUUGAAGGAGCUGUACGAACUGCUGCUGGAGAAGAAUAUUUUAAAAAUUAUCGAAGCUUAUAGCUGCAUCGACUUGAACUAUAUCGGCCAGAAACUUAACCUCGACUUGAACAAAAUUAUCUCCAAGCUGUCCGAAAUGAUCCUGGACAAGAAGCUGAAUGCCACGCUGGACCAGAACGUGGGAAUUUUGAUUCUCUAUGAGGACAUGCCCGAGACGAAGAUGUACCAGAACGUUCUGGAAAUCAUAAACAAUUUGACCGAGUCGGUGGAUAUACUUUACCAGAAGGCGCAGCUGACGGUGUAG